AAAUUGGGCAUUCCAGCUCAAGUGGACCACAUUCCUGGAAGCUGUUUCCUCCAUUUGUUGGUUGAUGAUCGAUAAACCACAAUUUUGCCGCACCCGAACACUGAUAUCUUUACACCCAGGAAUUCGACAGAGGAUGUUAACAGCCUAUGGGCUGUAGAGAAGCAGUCCCUGCCGAUUUCACUCCCAUAACUGUAUAACUCACCUGGCCUGCACACCCUGAAGUCAUGCCUUUAGCAGAGAGAUGCUGGGGCUAGUGUUACUGGCGAUGGUUUCUAUGGCAACAGGAGAAGACGUGCUAAACAUGUGCAUGGAUGCUAAGCAUCACAAAGUCCACCCAGGACCAGAGGGGGACCUGUACCAGCAGUGUGCUCCCUGGAAGAACAAUGCCUGUUGCAUGGCUAACACCACCUCUGAGGCCCACAAUGAUCAAUCAUACCUUUACAACUUCAACUGGAACCACUGUGGCAUGAUGACGGACAAAUGCAAGAAACACUUCAUUCAGGACACAUGCUUCUACGAGUGCUCUCCCAACCUGGGGCCCUGGAUCCAAAAGGUUGACCAAAGUUGGCGUCGAGAGCGAAUCCUGUAUGUGCCCCUAUGCAAGGAGGACUGCAGUGCAUGGUGGGAAGAUUGCAAAGAUGACUACACAUGUAAAGAGAACUGGCACAAGGGCUGGGACUGGAGCACAGGAAUUAACCGCUGCCCAGCAAAUACCCACUGUCAGAAGUUUAGUGACGUAUUUCCAACUGCGCAGAGCCUGUGCGAAAAGAUCUGGUCUGACUCUUACAAAUACACCACCCACAUAAGAGGCAGUGGCCGCUGCUUGCAGAUGUGGUUCGAGUAUGGCAAAAACCCAAACCCUGAGGUGGCACAAUACUAUGCGAUACAGAUGGGCCUAGUCGGAAAGGCUUCUUCCCUCGGUCGCCCAGCUGCCCUCCUUCUCCUCACUGUAGUCCUCUCUUUGCUGUUUUCCUGAUAAAAAAUAUACUGUACCUAGUCAAAAA